AUGGAGAUUAUCAACAUGAUCCUCCUACUUUCGGCACUACAAAGUACCUUUGCCGCCUACCUUGAUCAUCAAGACUCCGGAUACCCAUUACUUGCACCGAGAUUCGACGAAAACGCAUGCAAAAGAGAUGUUGCUGUCUGGCAUCUGAAUUCAAAGCACACCAAUGAAGCUGCGGAAUCCCGCGAUGGCUCUACUCUACGCACAACCUUACUCUCUUGCCUAAAACCUCAGCUACUCAGCACGAGAGCACUCGCCAAAAACCCCGGCAAAAACAUCUUCAACAAAAUCUGCCAGAGGGAAAUCACUGGACGAUCGCAGGUGAGGAAUCAUGUGGUGGAUGUCGCCGUUCCGAUCAACGGCAAUGUCCAAUCCAUCAACACACCCGGCGAUUCAGGACGAGUCGAGUUGCACGCCGACACAUACACGGUCGUGGACCCCGGCGAUCCUGAACUGCAAAGAGAAGAAAUGUCUUUCUACAUUGUCAACCGCAGUCAAUGUCCAAUUGGUAUAGAGUUCAGUACAGAAUUGCGAUAUGUCUCAAACAGGCGCAAUGAUCCCAACAACAUGGUGGCAAAUCGGGACAUUCCUGCCACUCCACGACGUAAUUGGUUCCAAGGCGCGAACAAUUGCGAGAUAGAUGGUAUUCAGGUCGUCACCAACGUCGCGAUUGCUGUGCGAUUGAUCAUUGAAGCUUUCGGAUAUUGUGGUGCUAAUUAG